AUGUUAGUAUAUUUGUGUCACAUUCAUCUAUUCCAAAUUCAAAGUUCGUUUGCCAUUUUUUGGCAGGUUCUGUCUGCCAGGAAGGUUCAAGUUCUACUGGGUUAUUUUGUCCGCUGCAUAAGAAGAGCGGGUGGGUUCCGGAAUUCACAAAACCCUACUCUGGAAGCAAAUCUUGAUGCAGCAGUAGCUCAUGAUCCUGAAGAACUGAUACUGGAGUUGCAGCCUGCUGAAAGGGGCUUACAAAGUCAAAUUCUGGAAGCAGAUCUAGUUUUAUGGACAGUUGGGUCUAAACCUCUACUUCCUAUGUUAGAACCCUCUGAUAGUCCUCAUGGGCUUCCUCUGAAUGCCAGGGGACAGGCAGAAACAGAUGAAACUCUCUGUGUCAAGGGCCACCCGCGCAUAUUCGCAAUUGGUGACUCUUCUUCACUGAGGGAGUCGAAUGGAAAAUUGCUUCCGGCCACAGCACAGGUGGCUUUUCAGCAAGCAGAUUUUGUUGGUUGGAAUCUAUGGGCUGGGAUUAAUGACCGACCUUUGUUGCCAUUUAGGUUCGAGACCCAAACACAUUCCUUAGAGAUGCAUCUGCAAAUUUUUUGCCAUAUUAACUUGUCAGCAGCAAAAAUGUCGAAUGUUGAUGAUGAUGAGCAACUUGCCAGUCUGUUUUUCUCCCCUUAUAUGUGGGCACGACAGCAACUAGACAAGCCAUCUUCCUCUUCCGUAGUAAUUGGUUCGGUGCUGAGAAAUGAUGAGGGCAGCGAUAGUCAAGCUUGA